AUGGAGCCCGCGGUGCUGGCUCCGCACAACCUUGCGCACCACGAGCCAAUCAGCUUCGGCAUCGAUCAGAUACUGAGCGGCCCCGAACCCCCGGGGGGCGGCCUAGGCCCGGGUCGUGCGGGCCAGAGCCAUGGCGAGACUGCGGCAUUCUCGGGUGGAUUCCACGGAGCCUCGGGUUACAGUCCCGCAGGUUCGCUGGCCCCGCUGCCCAGCAGCUCCGGAGUGGGCCCUGGUGGCGUGAUCCGUGUUCCGGCUCAUCGCCCGCUGCCAGUGCCACCGCCUGCGGGAGGUGCCCCUGCAGUGCCUGGGCCCUCGGGUUUGGGCGGCGCCGGGGGCCUAGCUGGACUCACCUUCCCGUGGAUGGACAGCGGCCGACGCUUUGCCAAGGAUCGGCUCACCGCCGCGCUCUCGCCCUUCUCUGGGACGCGCCGCAUAGGCCACCCUUACCAAAACCGGACCCCCCCGAAGCGGAAGAAGCCGCGCACGUCCUUUUCCCGCUCACAGGUGCUGGAGCUGGAACGGCGUUUCCUGCGCCAGAAGUACCUGGCCUCCGCGGAGAGGGCGGCGCUGGCGAAGGCCUUGCGCAUGACCGACGCACAGGUGAAGACCUGGUUCCAGAACCGACGCACCAAGUGGCGGCGCCAGACCGCAGAGGAGCGCGAGGCCGAGAGGCACCGCGCGGGUCGGCUGCUCUUGCACCUGCAGCAGGACGCGCUACCACGGCCGCUGCGGCCGCCCCUGCCCCCGGACCCGCUUUGCCUGCACAACUCAUCACUCUUCGCGCUGCAGAAUCUGCAGCCUUGGGCCGAGGACAACAAAGUGGCUUCUGUGUCUGGGCUCGCCUCGGUGGUGUGA